ACGCUUCAUGGUGGCAACCUUACGUCACAAUGCGACAAUUGAUGCGUAACAAAGCGAUCUAGGUCGGAAGGCGAGGGGUCGGGCCUCCACUUUCAAAAGAUUCAGCCAGCGUAAGGAUCUAAUAUAUGACAGCUCUAUAUUUUGCAAUGAAAAGGGCUUUCUCGAUAUGCGCACUUAUUUUAUGCGCCGUCAACUUGGCGUGUUGUUUUACGCAAAGAGGCUACAUUGUUACGUCACCGGCAGUAUUUCGAGCCGGGGUGGAUCACGCUGUGAGUGUGAAAAUAUUUAAUCACGAAACUCCCGUGAGAGUUAAUGUGAAACUGGUGGACCUUCGUGAAAACAUGAUCACGAGCGUUUCAGAAGAGGUCACGGGAUCGGGAACUUUAAUUUUAAAGGUUCCAACGGGUAACGAAGGCAAGGCCAGCUUAAAAAUAUGCGGUAAUUGUCAUCUGACGAGUGGUUUUAACUUUUACAACUCUACCCCGGUGACAGUGGUGAACAAGGGCACUUCUGCAUUCGUACAAACUGAUAAACCGGUGUACAAACCAUCACAAACAGUACGAGUGAACGUAUUUACCGUCGACCGGGACUUGAAACCAGUUGGAGAAAAUGUGACGGCGUACGUCGUGGCGCCUAAUGACGUCCGUAUGAUGCAAUGGAAGGACUUGAGACCGGCGUGUUGUGGAAUCGUUAACUUUUCCUUCCCGUUAUCCGACCAACCACUUCUGGGAACUUGGACGAUUUUCGUUGAAAUGCAACAACAAUCUUACAACACAACGUUCGAAAUUCAAAAAUACGUUCUGCCAAAAUUCGAGGUCGCGAUUAUUCCGCCUCCAUUUUUAUGGUCCAACUGUGAGCAAGUAUCAGUGGUUGCGAAGUAUGUGUUCGGGAAACCUGUGGUUGGGAACCUUACAUUGAAUAUGACGGUGUUUGCGGUCGGUGCUUUUUACGGUGCUCACAUGGAGCGAGGAGAUUCGGUCAUCCGGGAUCUUCAUAUAAAUGGAGAGGCAGGGCUGGAGGUUUGUUGGAACGAUCUGAUGCCUCGAAGUGUGGAGCCUGGUUUUCAUGGGGCCUUGGCAAUAACGGCGAAAGUCACAUCAUUGGAUGGGACAACCAUUACCGCGUAUGAUGACACCACACCGGUGUCUCGACGGAAGGUUACCAUCCAGUUCACCAAGGAUACGAGGGAACAUUUCAAACCAGGGUUGCCAUUUAACGGGAAGAUUAAAGCCACAAACUUGGACGGGAGCAACGCUGUCGGAGUUACUGUUCGUAUCUCGGUGUCUGUUAACACGGAAAACUUUUUCCACCAAGAGAUCACGUCACAUACCAAUGGAGUUGUGUCUUUCACCAUCCCUGGUUUGCCGAGGUCAAGCAAGUUAGUAUGGAUUGAGGCUCGCGUAGUUGGUGAUUCGACUGGUGCAAGGUAUCGCUCAAUAUUCAAAAACAUCUACGGUUGGAACUCGCCCAGCAAUUGCCAUGUUCUUGUAAAACCUCCAAACUCUGAUUUAACGGUUGGCGAGAGGGCGAAGAUGUCUGUCACCUCAACCUGUCCAUGCAACUUUACUUUGUUCUAUGAGAUCUUAUCUCGCGGUAAUAUCAUUCAAACCGGGCAUAAAAUAGUGAGCGAGCGAAACAGCGCGAUCGUUCCUUCACGAAGAAGGAGAUCUCCACCGUCCAUAGCGAGGUUUAAUGAUCGACCUCAACCAAUCCCAAUACACCAUGAAGAAGUUAUUGAAAAUGAUAUUUGUCGUACUUCCCUCACCAUUGACGUCACAUCCGGUAUGGCACCGAUGUCCCGGAUGGUGGUUUAUUACGUCAGAGAGAACGGGGAAGGGAUCGCUGAUAGCGUCCACGUGCCGGUGAAGCCGAAACUUGAUAAUGAGGUGGUAAUCCGCGCUUCAAGCGAAGACACCAAACCUGGUCGUGACAUCACAGUAAGCGUAACUACCGACCCCGGAUCUUGUGUUUGCCUCGCUUUGGUGGAUAAGAGCGUUCACCUUAUGAAACCUGGGUACAUGCUCAAGCCUGAAGAUAUUUUCGCUGAACUUGACGAGUAUGAUCUUGACAAUCUUCCAUUUGAACAAAACAUCGAGUGGUGGAGAUUGAGUCGAUCUCGUAGAAGCACCGAUAUGUGGUGGGACUUCUCCCAGGCACGCGAUGCUAAAUAUGCGUUCCUGGAAUCGGGGUUGGUCGUAAUGACAGAUGUACUCAGUCUGGAUUACAAGGUAACCACUCCUCUGUUACCGCAACUGAUCCGCAGUCAAGCCAUGACGGGAGCUGGGAUUCGAACUCAGGGUCAAGCUAGGCAAGCGAGCAGAUUGGGGAGGCGACACCGAACAUUCUUCCCUGAAACGUGGGUUUGGCAAUGCUUUAAUGUCAGUUCGAACUCGGAGAAUUUUACCCUCACUGUUCCUGAUUCCAUCACCACUUGGCAAGCGGACGCCGUCUCCCUCAACCCCAACACUGGUAUAGGGAUAUCUAAGCUACAAAACAUUCGAGCUUUCAAGAAUUUUUUUGUCGACUUUACAAUCCCGUAUUCGGCGAUCCGAGGGGAACAGGUUCAAAUCCCACUGACGGUGUAUAACUACCAGAAUGUCUGCUCAGAGGUGAACCUAACAGUGUUGAUUCCACCUGGCGUUUCGUUCCGUACACUGAACAGCAACCGCAUGAUGCGAAGAUUAUGUGUACAAGCUCAAUCCUCCCAAACAACCAACGUCAUUCUCCAGUUUAAUUACUUAGGAAACAAAAACAUAACGGCGAGCGCAGAUGCGAUAGUGGGCGUGUCGUCUUGUUGUACAGAUGGGGAAGGACAAGCCAGGGUCGCCGCGAGAGAUCUUAUCACUCGACAAGUGUUAGUUGAGGCCGAAGGUAUAAAGCGAGAAUACACACACAGCAUCUACUUCUGUCCAAACGAGAGAAUCAACAUCUCCACGCCUUCUUCUUACACUUUCCAGUUCGUUAGACUCCCAGUUAACAUGACGAACUUUAACUUUCUCACAAAAGCUUCCAACAACGUCCACAUUACUUUAUCAAGUGAUGAGAGCACUUCCAGUGAUUCGUACGAGAUCGUGCUUGGUGGGUCUGACAACACACAAUCGUGGAUAUCCAGGAACUCCCAGCACCUUGUGACGGCUGCUACUGACCAGAUCUUGUCCGGGGAGGAGUACAGAUCGUUCUGGGUGACUUGGGUUGGUGGGAAUAUACAAGUGGGGACAGGAAUAGAACAAACAUCAACUUCCAGGUUCAUGCAGUGGAGAGAGCCAAGCCAAGGCGCAAGUAUAUCGUAUGUCGGGUUCGCUACAAGCCAUGGGGCGAAAGGAGAGUUUCGUUUGUGGAAGAAAGAAAGUUCUGGUGGUUCGUUCAACGAGAUCAUCCAACUGAACAUUCCAACACACACCGUCCCUGGUUCAGAACGAGCAGUGGCGUCCAUGAUAGGUGACGUCAUGGGGCCAACUCUCAACAACCUGAAUAACCUUCUACGACUUCCUUACGGAUGCGGGGAACAAAACCUGGCCAAUUUCGCCCCGAAUAUUUACGUGUUGAAAUAUUUGAAACAAACGAAGCAAUUAACAAGUGAUAUUAAGAUGCAAGCCCUUCACUUUCUACAAACUGGUUAUCAAAGACAGUUAACGUACAAGAGGAACGAUGGGUCUUACAGUGCAUUCGGAAACCGAGAUGCUUCUGGUAGCAUGUGGCUUACAUCAUUCGUGUUAAAGUCGUUCGCACAAGCCCGAGAAUUUAUUUACAUUGACCCGAACGAAUUACACGAAGCCAAAGAAUGGAUUAUUUCAUGGCAGGACAGGAAUGGUUCGUUCCCUGCUGUGGGGAAGAUAUGGAACAAGGAUAUUCAAUCAGGGGUGGAUAGCGAUGUCGCUCUAACUGCUUAUGUCAGCAUUUCUCUGGUGGAAGCUGGGUUAGAAUUAGAGGACGAAGUUCUAGCAGCCACAAGGGCGAGAGAAUAUCUGGAAACUAAAGUUUACGAUGACACCGAUUCAUACACCGCGUCUCUUACCGCUUAUGCUUUGUCAUUAUUGGAAAGUGUUUAUGCAGUUAGGAGUCAGAGACGAUUGUCACGGAUGGCUGUAAACGAGAAUGGGCUGAUGCAUUGGACGUUAGGGGACGAGGAAUACGACGAAGAACAAUUGUUUGGGUUUGCAGAUUCAAUGAAACAAACAGUUGUUUCUGCUGAAGUGGAGAUGACAGCAUACGCUCUACUCACUUACACCAAACUACAAAACGUCACCGCCGCUCUACCAAUUGUGAAGUGGUUAUCAAAGAAGAGGAACGCCAUGGGUGGAUUUUCAUCUACACAGGACACUUGCGUGGCGCUACAAUCCCUAUCGGAAUACGCGAUACAUGCGUUUGUGGGCGGUGUUGACCUCUUCGUGAGAUUAGCCUCAUUGAACAUGGAUUAUUUAAGAAACUUUGAACUCAACAACGAGAACGGUGAAGUUCUACAGACUGCGACCAUUCCUUCAUUACCGACCACUGUGUUUGUUGAAGCUACUGGGGAUGGGUGCGCCUUGCUGCAGAUCGGAGUAACUUACAACAUCCCAAACCCAACUUCCGAACCAGCUUUCGAUAUCACAGUCCACAACAGACUUAUAACCCCUGGACGUGUUAACAGCAGAACUAAGAGACAAAGCGAGAUCGUGACUCGUAGAGACACCGACCAACGUUACAGGAUGGAGGCGUGUGUCAGAUGGAAUCGUCAAGGUUCUUCUAACAUGGCUGUACUCGAAUACAAACUUAUUACAGGGUUUGUUCCAGACUUGGAGAGUCUCCAACAGGUUCUCGACACCAACGAUGUCAACUUGAAGCGAUAUGAAGUCUCUGGCAGAACAAUAUUGUUUUACUUCGACGAAAUACACAGUACAUGUAGAACAUGUGUGAGGUUUGUGGCGAUUCGGCAGUUCGAAACUGGCAGAGUGAUGCCCCAACCUGUGGUUAUCUACGAUUAUUAUGAACCUGCAUUCGAGUCUCAAGUGAUGUACUCAUUGAGCGAAACGUUGGACAACCUUUGCGCUGAAAACGACACGAAUUGCGAAAUGAAUGAGCAGGCCGAAGAAGACACCGAAGAUUGCCAGAACAGCCUGCUUGGCUGCGGACAUGCAUAUAGUGAAUGUCAUUGCUCACACGAAUGCGGGUUUGAAGGCCCCCCAGUGUGCGCAUCGAACCGUGUUAUUUACAUGAACCGAUGUCGGAUGGAGUCGGCUGCUUGUGAGCUUGGGACCACCUUGUUAAUCCAGGAAAACACGUUUUGCGAAAGCGAGCCGGACCCUGUUUUGGAACCAGACUUUGGGUACGGUGCAGAGGAGGAAGGGUUAACAUUAUCACCGUAUACUUACUACGACAACGUAGCUCAAGAAGGUUAUUUCAACGACGCUGGAGACGCUACAGCGGACGACAUAUUAAUUCCUGCUUUAAAAAGACUGACGACGAACUAAACGACCUGUGACGUCAUCAUUCUAUAUUUAAAACGUUUUUUAUUGAAGAACUAUGGCAACAACGAUAAGUGCACUUUAUACACAAUUGCACCGAUCGCACAGUGAUGACGUCGUAUUGACGUCAUCAACUAUUUUGACUUUAAAUACGUUGUGACGUGGUAAAAACAGUUCAGUUCAAAGUUCGGAAGACAAAAACUUGUUAAACUAUGACGUAUGUGCCACGUCAUCACACCCGCAAGACCUCCUCAACCCACGUCACAAUUUUCUCUCCCACUCUGGAACGUCAUCAUCGUGAAACACCUGUGUGACGUAAUAAUACGACAGCCUAAUGACGUCACAAGAGCUACCUCUUCCUUCACAAUACCGAGUUCUGGAUCCAGAACUUUGAAUAAAAACCGAUAAUUUCUCUCCUUCUUUAUCGACAUGAAUUUGCUCAACGUCACAUCACCGACUCUAUGUAUGAACAUAAGUAUUGUUGUAUGGGCGCUUGUUGUUAUUGUUUUAAUUAUCACGUCACAUCCAUCGUUUCGAAAUUACGUCAUACAUGACGUCAUAUCUUUGUCAGUAAAAUCGAGCACUCGAUUUCCGUGGUUUUCCAUUGUUUUCAUGUAAAAUAAAUAACAACAAUCGCCAUUGA